AUGUCCAACCGUCGUAGUCGCGGAGGUUUUGUUGAAGGAAAGGUUUAUGUUGGUGGAUUACCUGAAGACGCAACUUCUGAAGAGAUAGACGAUGCUUUUCACAAAUUUGGACGAAUUCGUAAAAUUUGGGUAGCUCGUCGCCCACCGGGGUUUGCUUUUGUUGAGUUUGACGAUCAUCGAGAUGCGGAAGAUGCUGUCCGGGCUUUGGAUGGGACUAGAAUUUGUGGUGUAAAGGCUCGCGUGGAAUUGUCGACAAGUAGCAGUGGACGUGGAGAUAGUGGACGAAUUUACUCUAGUGGUGGGGGAGGAGGUGGAGGAUACCAGGAUAGAUCUCGUUAUCGUUCUAGGAUUGACCCUUCCAUCUCUACCUCCCUUCAUGCUCUUCCAACCAACCCAUCACUUCCCUACAUUCUUCAUCCAAAAAAUGACAAAUUCGGCUCAACAUUUGCAAAUGCCGGAUAAAGUCAAAUAAACAAAAAAAAGUUUUUUUUGCCAAAUUACACCCUCAAAACAUCUUUUGGUAUAUGACUUCAUCACAUCCUCGCUUCUAAAUGUCUCGCUCGCCGUAUCAUCGUCGUGGUCACGAACGUUCCUACUCACGAUCGCGCUCUCGUUCGCGUUGAUGUUCAAUAAAGCAGAGGAAUGACUAUUCUUUAAGUUUGACAUCAAGAAAAGAAUAUGGAAUUUUGAUUUAUGAUU